AUGGCACUUUUCAACCGAGCCUCGGCCUCGAGCUCUUCGAAGAGCGACAAGUCUACUGCAAACUCGAAGAAGAGCGAUCAGCUGAACAACGAAUCUCUGGAAAACAACAAGUCUCCUUCCCACGCCAACGAAGACCUCAAGUCUAUGCAGGAAGAGAAACUAAACACAUCUGCUCCAAUCCCCGAGGCCAAGUCGUCCAAGCCCAAAAGCAAUCUUAGCACAGAAGUUCUGUCUCCAAUUAUAGAGCAAAAGAAGUCUCAUAGUCGCAAGAUUGACUCACCAUUUGGCAAAAGUGCUACAUCUCAAAGUUCUCCUCGCUUUAUCAACCCAGCAAAGAUUACCAAGCCUAGAAACGAGGACAGAUGUAUUGGAUCAUAUCUAAAUCAGCAGCAACUAUACAUCCUACGUCAAAGAGAACAUCAGAUCACAGGAAAGCUGGAGAAAAAGUCGAUAUCACAGCUUCAGAUGCUGCAACAUAAGGCUUCAAGAAGUGAUGCGAGCAACAAGAUCAAGAACCUGAUCCAGGAGGCUCUUUUCAAGAAGCAUAUGUCCGAGAUGAAGGAGUGGGAGAACCAGCUUGAUAGCUCACCCGGAAAGCAACAAGAUGAAAGGAGCACCAGAGCAGAACAGCAGAAAACACAAGAGCUCCAGAAUCAGACUUUGGAGGAAAGCAUUUGGAUUCCCAAAGAAGUUUUUGAGCAGCUAGAAUAA